AUGCAGGAUGCACAUUGGGUUCUGAUGAUGGAAGGUUCUAAGUAUGCUGAGCGUUUACCUAUUGGGUUAGAAAGGGUAAUCCAGACAGUUUCUGCUGAUACCGUGGAGCAAUUUUAUGGGAAAUGGUACCAUUUACACAAUAUGGCUGUGAUAGCUGUUGGAGAUUUUUCUGAUACACAGUCUGCAGUGAUGAUCAAUUGUAAGAUGCCUGCGGAUGAGUUAAAAACUGUGAAGGACUACAGAAAUUUACUUGCAGAGUCGAUGUUCUUUCAUGCUUUAAAUCAGAGGUUUCUUAAAAUAUCUCGUAGAAAGGAUUCUCCAUAUUUUUCAUGCUCUGCUGCUGCUGAUGUCGUAGCUCGUCCAGUGAAAGCCUAUAUAAUGACUUCAUCUUGUAAAGAGAAAGGGACUAUUGAGGCCCUAAAAUCAAUUCUUACUGAGGUUGCUAGGGUUCGGCUGCAUGGAUUUUCUGAAUGUGAAAUUUCUGUUGCUCGAGCUUUGCUAAUGUCAGAGAUUGAAUCUGCCUAUUUGGAACGUGAUCAAAUGCAAUCAACCAGCCUGAGGGAUGAAUAUUUACAACAUUUUCUCCGCAGUGAGCCUGUUGUUGGGGUUGAGUAUGAAGCACAACUUCAAAAAACUAGACUACCUUAUAUAUCGGCAUCUGAGGUAUCCAAGUAUGUGGAGAAUUUUCGAACAUCAUGUAGCUGUGUUAUAAAGAUCAUAGAAUCUCGGGCUACUGCAACAAUGGAUGAUCUUAGUACUGUUGUGCAUAUUGUGCAGCAAUUUGAAUAUUCGAAUACUGGAGCUACUGAGCUAAUUCUGUCAACUGGCAUGAGAGUUUGCUAUAAGUGUACAGACUUCUUCGAUGACCAGGUUCUCUUCACAGGGUUCUCAUAUGGGGGUUUAUCAGAACUGCCAGAAAAUGAGUACUUCUCAUGCUCAAUGGGUUCAACCAUCGCUGGAGAAAUUGGCGUUUUUGGUUAUAGACCAUCAGUUCUAAUGGAUAUGCUUGCUGGUAAGAGAGCUGAAGUUGGAACAAAACUUGGAGCAUAUAUGAGAACCUUUUCGGGUGACUGCUCGCCUUCGGACCUGGAAACUGCCUUGCAGCUAGUUUGUCAGCUAUUUAUAACAGAUGUAGAACCAAGGGAAGAAGACAUCAAGAUAGUGAUGCAAAUGGCAGAAGAAGCCAUCCGUGCUCAAGAGAGAGAUCCUUACACUGCAUUUGCAAAUCGACCAAUUAGAAUUGGUGAUCUUAAAAAAGUUGAUCCAUUUAAGGGUUGUGAAUAUUUCAACAAUUGUUUUAAGGAUCCCUCGACUUUUACAGUUGUGAUUGUUGGGAAUAUUGAUCCUGCUAUUGCUUGCCCUUUAAUUUUGCAGUAUUUGGGUGGAAUUCCAAGACCUCUUGAACCCGUUUUCCAUUGCAGCCGUGAUGAUCUCAAAGGCUUGCCUUUCACUUUUCCAUCGACCAUAAUUAGGUAG